UCUAAAUCCAAACUUAAUCCAAUCAAAUCAGUAAUCGAUCAGCAGUAGAAUACUAAACUAGUAGCGUUAACCAACCAAGAGGCGCCGUUCCAAAGCAAAAGCUUAGAAACCGAGGGGAACAGAACGGAUCAGAAGUAGGAACAGAAGCAGUAUAGGAACUCCCAGAUCGGAGUUGUAAGGGUAACUCUAGUGCUAGAGAAUAAGUAAAGUUAAGAGCACGAAAUCAAAAGGCGACAGGAGAGAUCACUGUACAUAAACGCGCACGCCCACACGCCUACACGCCCACUCGCUACGUUAAAUCCUAGGAUCCUUAGCCACCAUGAACGCCCGAUCGCAAGUCUUCGAUCUGACCAUGGAGGGUCGCCAGGUGGACGAGGCGGUGGCCACCAUCUUCCACACCGUCCUCUUCCACCGCUGCCUGGGCAAGUACAUGUACACGGGCGACGCCCAGUACUCCAUCGGCACGGUCGGCUACACGGACGUGGACUGCAACUUCAUCGACUUCACCUAUGUGUGUUGCACCUCCGACAGCCUCACCCACAAGGUCAAGCGGGCCAUCAACUCGUUCAGCGAGAAGCUGCGCUCCAACGAGAGCUGCGGCUCCGGCCAGAUCAGCCUGGAGUUCUUCCAGAAGAAGAAGACCCGCUGGCCCUUCCCCCAGGAGUCGAUACCGUGGGAGGUCUGGACCGUGCACCUGGACCUGAUCAAGCACGAGAACGAGGACGAGCGCCAGCUGUGCCGGGAGAACGUCUCGGACCUGCUCUCGGAGAAGGUCAUCUACAUCACGGAGCUGAUGAACCGGCACGACUACGUGCCCAAGACGCCCAGCCAGAGCGAGCUGGACCUGAUCUUCGACACCUCCUUCCCGGACGUCCAGCCGUACCUGUUCAAGUUCGACUACUCCACAUCCGGCUCGGCGGCACCGUCCAUGGGCAAUGCCAUGAAGAAGAUGAUCAAGGAGACGCUCGCGAUGUGACGGGCUGGCGAAGGAUCGGAAACGGAUACCUCGGCUCUAUCUUUAAUGGCUAUUCGUGUUUUUAGAUAUUUUUUGUAGCUUUUUUCCAUUAUUGUGUUAGAUGUUCUGAUGCUAGGGUAAUAUUUAUUUGCCAGCCGGUCUAUUAACUUUGAGUAAUCUAUAGAUGUACAGCGGAAGCCCGCUACGCGGAUGGUAGGAUGUAGAGCUUUCAGACGGGGCUGCUCCAAAGUGAGCAGGACGGACGGACUCGGCGAGAGGCAGACAGAGACGGAGACGGAACUAGUGUUCCGUAACGCCAGAUCCUAGAAAGUAACGCCAGCAUAUAAAGUUCCCCACCAAAUCAGCUUGCAAACGUUUCAAACAGGAGCUCUGAUCUGUCAGUAGAGCGGCGGUGCCACACGGUAGACACCGUACGGACACAAUGCAUAUAUGUUUAUAACGUGUUAUUCGUAAAAGCCAGUGUAAAUAAAUGAGAAAUCGAAAAUAUAUAGUAUGUAUAGAGCAUGGACGGACGGAGGAGGGUGGUUGAGGUCUGAACCGACAGACGCAGAAGCAGACGCAGAUGUAUGUAUAACAGAUUGUGAUUGUACUUGUAGAGAUUAAAGAGAUAGUGGCGACUCUAUGCCUCCGUAGAGAUCAAGCAUAUGUGUAUCUGUGUAUCUAUAGAUGUGUACGUUGUAAAUCCAUGUUUAUGUGUAUGUCCAGCUAUAAACCUAAUCGAUAAAUGUACUUUAAAACCUAACUACUAUUGUAAACUCUCAAUCUAAGCAGAAUAAAUCCCUUGAAGCACA